AUGAACACUGCAACAUCUCCUUCUGCAAGAAGAAAACAGAGUCAAAUACUUGACGAACUCCGAAGAACUCUAAGACAAAGCUGCGGAAGCAUAUUGCGGAUUUUACUCAUCGUGGACGACAUGGGCGCUUUUGAUAGCCUCCGCAAGAUUCUAGAGUCUCAAAUUGGAGGGAUGCCGGGCAGCUGUCUUGUGACGGUAAGCAAUUAUGCCGAGGCCCUCUCGCUAUUUGGAAAGCAUGCGUUUCAUGGUAUCUUCUCCAAUAUAUCGAUACUUCUAUCCAACGGCCUAGGUUUAUGUGCCCAAAUUCGUUCUGAAGAUGAAGCAUUCUUUGCUGCCAAUCAAAAUGCGUAUGAGGUCGCGAUCACUACCGUAUUGCACCGGGAACAUAUUUUAGCAUGCUCUCUUGCAGGCGUGGACGAGAUAAUCAAGCAGCCUUUUCACACAGAGGACAUCAAACGGUGUCUUUUUGCCAUGACGCAUGCCCACGCAGACUGUGACCCGGUUCAUCAGAGUAGCGACAAGGCCAAACGUCUUGGGAUUCAGGAUUGUCAUUGGACAGCACGAGCUACGAAUAAGUUUUCAACAUUUUCCAGUGCGGCAGCAGAUGCAGCCUUGUUAAGGCCGUUUCGGAGCGUUCAUAUUGAGAAGAUGCUUCGUGAACAAACUCACAUGUCGAUGCAAAAAUUAAAAGCCUUGGGACUGGGUAUGAAUGUCCUAAAGGAUGAUGCGUUGUGA